AACAAAGUUUAUAUUACACUAGCUGCGUUUGACUUGACAGCACAGUAAUCGCAGCUUCGUCGCACCUCUUCUUCGCCCCGUGAUAUCGCUACUUAAUGUAUAAUGCCGCCGCAUUAAACAGUUCGUUGAAUAUGUGUUGAAGACAAACAUACUGACUGUAACCCGUGAGUCAACAUUUGUAACUGUCCUCGGUUUCUGCUAAACCAUACAAUUGGCCCAUCGGUGGUAAUGUGUUUGUUUACCAACCCCGACAAACGUCACGUCGUCGCGGGAGCACCUGUUUAGCUUCAGUAACAUCCACGGAGCCGGUCCAUUGACAAAGAGACCCACCAAGGGUCGAGAACCAGUAGCUGAUUGUUUUUUUUUAGGUGUAGGGGUCUACGCAAACCAAACCCUUAAAUUAGCUCAAUUGAAAGUCCAUGGUCGAGAGGGAGACAAGUUGACACGGUUUCCGGGAGGCAACCACACACUAAUAUUGUUGCCCCAAAAUAUACCUGUCGGCCACUGCCGAGUCCACCGUCGUCUCGCGUCUCGCCAGCCGUCCACUGAUCCUCCACAAUGAACGUUUCGAAGAGCGGCUACCGGGUCUUCUCUGCCAACUCGACCCCUGCGUGCAUCGAGCUGGCCAAGAAGAUCACCGAGCGCCUAGGAGUUGAUUUGGGCAAGUCAGUAGUUUACCAAGAGUCAAAUGGAGAGACGAGAGUGGAUGUGAAAGAAUCUGUCCGUGGGCAGGACAUAUUUAUCAUCCAGACAAUUCCCAGGGAUGUGAACACGGCCAUCAUGGAGCUGCUGGUGAUGGCGUAUGCCCUGAAGACGUCCUGUGCCAAGAACAUCAUCGGCGUCAUCCCCUACUUCCCCUACAGCAAGCAGUGCAAGAUGAGGAAGAGGGGAUCCAUUGUGUGCAAGCUGCUGGCCUCCAUGCUGGCUAAAGCAGGACUAACGCACAUCAUCACCAUGGACCUCCAUCAGAAGGAGAUCCAGGGAUUCUUUAGCUGCCCAGUGGACAACCUGAGGGCGUCUCCCUUCCUUAUCCAGUACAUCCAGGAGGAGAUCCCGGACUACAGGAACGCUGUGAUCGUUGCAAAGUCCCCUUCAGCUGCCAAGAGAGCCCAGUCGUACGCUGAGCGCCUGAGGCUGGGUCUGGCCGUCAUCCACGGAGAGGCCCCUGGUUCGGAGGCAGACAUGGCAGACGGGCGCCAUUCUCCCCCUGCCACGCGGACCACCACGGGACACACCGGUCUGGAGAUCCCACUCAUGAUGGCAAAGGAGAAGCCCCCCAUAACAGUCGUCGGGGACGUCGGAGGCCGGAUCGCCAUCAUAGUGGACGACAUCGUUGACAACGUGGAGGACUUUGUGGCAGCGGCGGAGCUGCUGAAGGAGCGAGGAGCCUACAAGAUCUACAUCAUGGCCACCCACGGCCUGCUGUCGGCCGAGGCCCCCACGCGCAUCGAGGAGUCCGCCAUCGAUGAGGUGGUGGUGACCAACACCGUGCCCCACGAGCUGCAGAAGCUCCAGUGUCCCAAGAUCAAGACGGUGGACGUCAGCAUGAUCCUGGCCGAGGCCAUCCGCCGCAUCCACAACGGGGAGUCCAUGGCCUACCUGUUCCGCAACAUCGCCGUGGACGACUGAGACAGAGCCACGUAUAUACACAUACAAUGCCACACUUCGCCGCGAAUACAUUCCUACAAGACCAGAGCUCACACGCAAGAAGCAUACACGAAAGACCAAUCGCCACCAAAUCACAACUCGGCGUUCCAUCUUUAUUUCUUUUGCUUGAGAUUAUUGUUUCAGUGUAUCCUGUUUGGCCCAUGUGAAACUUGAACUGGUUACAGUGCGACGCUUGUGGGGUACAGUUUUUCCCAUGAGGGGCUUCUCUUCUCCCCCCGACCCCCCCCCCCCCCCCCCCCCCCCCCCCUAUUCUAUGUAUGUCAUCGUAUGUAUGUUCUGCUCCCAGUGCCCUACCCUGCUACUUGAUUUGGAUAAUUAAACAUUUUCUGGGAUGAAUACAAUUCUGUUCUCCUUUGACUGAACGCAGGAAGAAUAUAUUGCAGUGUAAUAACUUGGUUGUUUUGGUGUUUACCAAGGUUAAUAUCUGAAACAUAGUGUGUGUGUGUGUGUGUGUGUGACGUGUGUGUGUGUGUGUGUGCGCACCUGAACCUGAGCUUCUUUCACUACCUCUUUCAGUUGCAGAGGAAGUGUUUCUUUAUUCCUCCUUAAACCACUACUAAGAACAAAAAGUCUGUCUGGUUUGUAUCCCCCCCCAUUUUUAUUGAACAAAAUCUCACAACCAUCCGCUUAUUUCAUACAAAUAUUUACUUGUAUCUCUCGUCAACCAUGAAGAAAAUGCACAAUAGCUGAUCAAUACGUAAGCAGGCAACAUUGCCAGUUUGUACAUUUAAGUAGUCAUCCAUUCAUCCUCGUAUAUUAUCAAAAGAUAAUCUAAAUGAAUUCCUUCUUUGUUUUCCUAAAAAGUGGAGAAUAAAGCCAUGAGAUGUGUACGAACACGACAUAUACAAUAUCCUCCCCCUGAAUUGUGCCCUGGCUUGAACAAAGACCUCUGCAUCAACAUAAAUGUAAGCAUAAUUGAAUGUGGCGGUACAACAAGUACCGCCACAUUCAAUUAUGGUAACAUACGUUACACAUUACAUUUCAUAUCUGGAUGACAAAAUAACGUAACGUGAUUUUAAAAGCAGAAGCAGCAAAAGCAAGUUAAUAAAACAAAAAUAAACAGAAAAUCUUGUGUCACCCUAGACACGGAGUAUCAGUCAAAUGAAGCCAGCAGGACAGCGUUCAACCCCAUCCCCAUCCUCCAAACCCUGGCAGAUUGGGUCCCGAACCCUGAACUUGUUCCAAACGCCUCAGAGUUGUUGCUGUACUGAGGAGCUUUGACCAAGUCCAGGGGCAGAGACAGCCAGACUUGGCGACAGCUAACGAUACACAAAAUGUAUCGUUAAAUGAUCAAUUAAAUAAGACAAACAAUGGGAUUUAGUUUCUCCGUGUGAGAAAGACGAGCCUUUGCACACUUGCCUGACUGUGAUGCCUGCCGUUGUUGCUGACUGUGAGCCGAGUGCGGAAGACUGGUAUAAAAUGGCCAUUAAAUGAGGAACUAGCGAGCAAACGGUUAACAGCCACUGCGCGACUACUUCCUCAAAGUUGGAACAGGAAACCUGGUGGAUUCCAAUCUGGUGGUGGAGCGUAGGAUACUGGGGGUGGUCAGGUGUGUGACUGCUUGUGCGUGUGUCUCUCAGUGGUAAGGCUAAUUCACUUUUUAUGUAAGAGUGUGUGGUUCUGUGUGCAGCAGCCACUGGCUUUAAUUUCUCUGCCAUUGUCUGGUUAUUAAUUGGAAGAAACACAGACUAAGUCACUUUACCUCAUUUUUAAAAGGAUUUCUGUGACAUGAUCUACAAAAGUGUCUGAGUAAUUGUUUCAUUCUUCAAUUAGUGCGCCUGGUUUUGAAAGGACUUUUGACUGAAGAAUGUUGCAUGUGGCAGAAUGCAGUGGUUCUGGCAUACCACAAGGGUCCAGUAUUAAAGAGCCUUCAAGGAGGAACUGGCCUGACAUUUUCUUGAUCAAUGAAUUUGACUUAAUUGGGAAUAGGCCAUCAUAUAUUUGCGCUUAAAUGUGCAGUGAAAGUAUGAACACAAGAGGGCGGCACAACUCUUGAGCUCUAAGGUUUCUGAAUUUCCUGAUUUACAUUUGCUGAUACAAAAACGGAUAUACGGUCGAAGCAAUUCAUUUAAGUAUAAUACCCUUAAUCAUUUUGAAAAGUGAACAUUGAAAUAUGUCUAAUUUUGUACGUCAAAUGAUGCAUUAUGGGCUCCCUGUCCUGCUAAAAGAAGGAUGCCCCUUUUACAAGAGGAUUCCAGAUUUGAUUCCUCAGUAUGAAACGGAUAAACUACUUACCUGUAGAUAUGCAAGGCCCCUGACAUUCAAACUGAAGUAUACCUUCUAGAAUGUGAACUUCAAUGAACUUCAAUGAGUCCUCAACUUAGGAUCCGUCAGCAGUUUAUUUGAGGCUUCACUGACUAUCACCAUGGCAACGGAAACAACAGCCAUUACCUUUUCAUCUUGGUUAGCAGGUUUACUCAUUGGUUACACCUCUAACUCAGUCUACCCUUAGAAUUCACUAUUUUAUAACUCUCGGAUAGGACUUAAGUUCACCAUUUGUUCAUCCUAAAGAAUGACUUAAAGAUGUUGUAUGUUAUAUUCAAGCUUUGUGAUGAGUGAGCGCCUCAGAUUACAUAAAGUGUUGGACAAGACCUAAAACAUAGAAUAAAUCUAUACCUAAAAUAAGCAUGAUGUAUCAGUGAACAGUAAAUACUCUACCCAUUCAAUUGGCAUGAAGAAAUGGAUGGAAUUCGAUAGACAGGUCAAUAUCCUUUAUUCAUCAGACUCUUUAGCCAUCUGGUGGCAGUAUGGUGCUAUUGUGAUUGUUUGGCUUGGUGUCGUCAUUCUGCCCCGACCUUUCAAACUAGGGGUCAAAUGUCAAACCUCAACAAUAAUUCCUAGAAAUAUUCACCUCUCUGUAUCGUAUCCAUCUUUUAAUGUCAUUUUUGCAUUGGUGUGCAUUUGUUUUAUUGAUUUUAUUUGGAGACUGCUUAAACCAAUACAUCCUCUCUAUUUUCGGGUGGAACUGAAAUCUACCUUCUUUGUUGUACCUCAUUGAUUUUUUUUUCUCUUCAUAGUAACAUACUGUUUCCCUUGUAGUAGACAAUACACUCUUGGUGGGUUAUUUUCUGCAAAAGCCUGAGAAAAUGGUGUUGUGAAGAAGAGGUUAAAUACAAUCGUGAGUUCACUGCUAAUUGCCCUUAGAGAUGAAAACAUUUUGAACUUGGUUCACAAUUUCUUUCACCAUUAAGUUUGAAUUGAGUUCCCUAUAUUUAUUGGGGAAAUCUUUGUAGAAGAGAAUGUUAUAUUCAGGCUCGUGCGUGAUGCAUUCACCAACAUUAAGUAAUCAGUAAUCAACAUUGGGUAAAAACGUGAUGGACAAAAACACUCAUUAUGACAAACGUUUAUUAUACACUUAACAUUUAAUUCAAUAAAAAAAUACUUAAAGUAAAUAAAAACUGACAGAAAAUUGAAAU